AGUCAUAGCCGAGCGGUGUUUUUCCUCCUUGCCAAUGCGUGGCACCCGUUUUCCCUCUCUUUCUCUCUUCACACCUCGCGCUUUUCACACAUCGUCACUCACGCUUUUUCCCUAUCCUUUAGAAUAGGGGGUUCGUCCAGGAUAUUUAUAAAACAGCACGCUUGGAGGGCGCACAGGGGCUGAGCACACUCCCCUCGUAUCCAUAUUACCUGGCUCGUCUAGUAAGGAGCGGGCUUGCAACCACAAAAAGACAAAAAACGCGCCAUGACCAAAACACGGCGAAGGAGCACAAAGACGGUGUUUGGGUUUGAGGCUGGCAUGCCGGUGCCGCGGGCAUACACGAUGUUCGGCACCGACGAGCUGCAGGCAGCGCUGGGCAGCGAGCAGGACCAGGUCAAGCUGGUGCAGACAUACCUGUUUGACCCUGAAUCCUGGCAGGAGCUGUUCAACGAAUCGCAAAAGAACCCGGUGAUCAAGCGGGCGCUGCGGGUGAUUGUGCAGAUGGGCACAGUGGCCGCCACACUGACGUACCAGUACACGGUUGCCUUUACGCAGGAGGAGGUCCUUCUGGACCGCAAGCGGCUGCAAAAGUCGGUGUCCAGGACGCUCUACUAUGCGUCCGACGACUGCUUUGUGUCCGAGUUCCGCAACAACGGCUCGGCCGGGUGGACAGAGGGCAAGGCAGCCAUCCGCGUAGUAUCGGCCGAUGCCAUCGACGUUGCCGAAAAACUGAUGGAGCUGAACCCGAACCACCGCGCACCCGCGGUGCUGGUAUUUGGCUCCAAGGGGUCGCCUGGCGGCGGCUACAAGCGCGGUGCGGGCUCGCAGGAGGAGGAGCUGGUGCGGCGGAGCUCGCUGCUGCACAACCUCGAGGACCCAUAUGGCUACGAUCCGGCGCGCGACUGGUCGUACCCGCUGCCCGAGUUUGGCGGCGUGUACUCGCCCGACGUCGCCGUGUUCCGGGACUCGGAGCGCAACGGGUACGCCUUCCGCGAUGAGCCACUGUACCUGUCGUUCAUCAACGUGUCCCCGUACUCGAACGUGCAGGCAAACGAGGUCCAACACUAUGGCCGGUGGCAGAGCCGGAUCCCAGACGAGACGGUGCGCAGCUACAAGCGCAAGAUGGAGGCCAUUUUGAAUAUUGCGCGCGACCAGGGGCACCAGUCGGUGGUGCUGGGCGCCUUUGGGUGCGCGGGCCAGGCUACGCUUGCUGUGCACAUGGCGCAGAUGUGGAAGGAGGUUAUCGAGACGUCGCCAUACGCCUUCCGUGAGUUCUUUGACGACAUUGCCUUUGCUAUUCCCGAUGAUGCCUCCGGAGACGACUCGCCAAUCGAGGAAAAUUCAACCGCAGCCACCUUUGCCACGGCUUUCGGUGUCGAGAUGGAGAACUUGGACUUUUUCUGACCGUUGACAGUCCAAGGCGACAUGCAUUUUUACUGAACAUUCUUUACGAUACUUGGAGACAACUUGGUAAAUUUAUUUUUAUUGAAAGCUAAUGUG